AGUUUUAAUGUCUGUUUGUCCGAUUUUUCAUUUUCUAUCUACAAUGACUUACAUAAGCCAAACAAUGUUUGCCUAUCUCCGUUUAGUCUUGCUGCUUCACUCAUGCUCCUUAUGAUGGGAACAAAUGGAUUGUCUAGAAACCAACUAAAAUCGGUUUUAUUUAAGAAAGGACUUCCAACUGGGGACAUUGACCACAAUUAUAAAGUCUUGCAUGAUAACCUUCUGAGUAAAACACGUAAUACACCCGGAAUGCAGCUCUCAAUCGCGAAUCAGUUUUUUGUGGCGAAAUGGCAAGUUCGAAGGCUCAAAAACAAGUUUAGAAGAAGUGCUAGACGAAAUUAUGGUUGUCAAGUUGCUCUAAUGGAUUUUGGUGACGAGCCAUAUACUCGUAAUGUUAUUAACAGAUGGAUAGAAGCACGCACCGGUAGAAAAAUUAAAGAGUUUAUACCAGACGGAAUGCUCGACCAAUUAACCUUUAUGAUACUCACAAAUGUGGUGUAUUUCAAAGGUCAAUGGAAAAGCAAGUUCGAUCCAAAGAAAACAACACAGCGAGAUUUCUGGAUGAACGAAAACAAAAAGGUGAUGAUAAAUAUGAUGUGGCAAAAAAAUACGUUCAAGGCUGGUGUCGACAUGGAUCUUAAGUGUAAAGCUGUCGAACUGCCAUACAAGGGGGAUAACAUUUCAAUGGUUAUUAUUCUUCCGAAUGAAAAAGAAGGUUUACCAGAAUUGGAAAAGAAAUUGUCCACUCUAACAUUUGAUAAUCUCGUUAAAAGAUUGAUCUCAAGACCAACAGAACUAGUUCUUCCUAAAUUUAAAAUUAAGGCAAAAAUUGACCUAAAGGCUAUUCUAAAGGGACUAGGAGUAACGGACAUAUUCGAGGCAUUAAAGGCAGAUUUUAGUCAUAUGGUACGAUCUUGUGACCAGAAAGGAGACCUUUAUGUUUCUGAUGCGUUUCAUGAAAGUGUUAUUGAAGUGAACGAAGAAGGUAGUGUCGCUGCUGCCGUUUCGUCAAUUUUCAUGUUAUUUCGAUCAGCAAGGCCGUCCACGUUUGAAUUUGUCGCAGAUCACCCUUUUUUAUUUGUGAUAAAGGAUAUAAGUAGUGGAACUAUUUUGUUUCUUGGAAGGUAUUGUAAUCCGGAAAUUACUGCAAUGAACCAUAUCAAUAAAAUCUCGACUACUUUAUCUGAAAGUUCGCUAGUGUCUGCUAGCGAAAAUAAAACGACCAAAUCUGUCGAAGGCGCUGAAAUAAAAACUGUAUUGACAAAUAAUAAGAAAAUUGUGUCAGAGAACCAACAAGAUGAAUGUUGCUGUCUUGGAGAAUGUUCAACUAGUGACAUAAAUAGUUCAGCACAUACUGAAGAGAAGAUAGAAAGUUAAUCUGUAAUCAAUAAUGUGAUGCCUAUAUAUUGGAUUUCUAUUGAAAGGAAAAUACUAAGUCAUAACACACAAUAUCUCAGGAUUGCAUUUCUCUGUUCCUUUAUUUAAUAAAAAGAAAAAUAUGCCAAAUAAACAACAAUUAUAUGUUUAAUCUCUUCGAGUGUGAAUAUAUAUAUAGAUAUAUGCAUUUCAGGGGAAAUCAGCUAUCGACUCCUUCGUCAAGAUUCCGGGUGAUUAUAUAAGUAUCUUAUCAUCUAGACAUUAAGACACUGAUUUAUAUGUUUUCCUUCGUUGCUUCCUUAUAAUAGAGGACGAAAUCAUCAUUACAGUAAAAACCUCAACAUUAAAAUAUAUAUACUAGUAAAUGCAAAAUUGUAUACUUUUUAGUUUCUGUUUCGCACAUGCGCAGUAAUUCAGAUGACGGAAGCUGCCCAGGUGGUUGAUUCAAUGACAUAUCGCACCUUUCAAUGCAGUCUGACUAAAGCCAGCAUCAACUAUCCACUUGAUUUUGCAUUGGUAUAUAGUAGGGAUACUGCUUUCAGCGCCAACUCACACUCAACCAACCCGAUUUUUUUACCAACUCGUUCUUUAACACUACUGUUCCUUUAUCAGAAAAAAUAUAAGAUGGUAUAGAAUCAUACGACUUCCCGCCAAUACGUAUAUCUGAUAUCCAAACAGUAUAAUGAAAAUAAUAUGGACUUCUUCCUCUUUCAAAGAUUACACCUAGCUGAUAUUAAUAUUUAUAUUGUAACCUUUACAAUACAUAUGUGUGUGCUAGAAAUUGCAUGACGCACAAAAAUACAUGUUAAUACUCAGAUAUAUAUGUCAAAAUUGAAAAAGAUACACAUACCAGCGUUUGAAGAAACAA